AAUCCCUCUGAAUGUAACAUCAUGUUUCGAGAAGUUUGUGAUUCCAUGAUUGUGGACAAUAAAUGGAUCAAGUAAAGGCCUUAGGCUUUAAGGGAAUAUGGUUUAGCCCUUAUUGGAUAUGGAUAAUAAUGGUUAUGUGAUCUAAGCCCUGGUUUGUGUUUUGGAGUCAAAGGGUAAAAUGGGAAAAGUAGUAUUCCAGACUUCUUGCAUGGAUUAUGGUUUUUAGUUUGACAUUCGUUAAGCCCAAAUUAACUAGAUAUAAGUGUGGAGCUCAUUAAUACCUGUUUGUGGAUAUAAAGAUCGCCAAAAUGGAGUUGAAACGAAGAAGUUAUGGUUGUUUGAAGUCGAGGUGGAUUUGGGUGAAAACCGUCGCCACACAGUGGGGAUCAGAACUCACAACGUGGCGGUCGCUACGUAGUAGGGAUCAGAGCCUACAACAUGGCAGUCUGUCAAGCCCAAAAACAUGAAUUUAGGGUUUUCAACGUAUUUAAGCAUAAGGUUUCGCAUUUUUUUUGGCCAUUUUAACAUCCUCCACCACUUCUAGGACCCCUUAGGAGAAACCCUAGCCUCCACUUUCAAGAUUUGAGCUUCUCCCUUCUCCCAUCUCCUAUUUGGGACGUUUUUUAUGAUAUUUUUGUUGGAUUAGGUGUCUAAUCCCAUAACUAUAAUUGGUAUGUACUUGAAUCGAUAGUAGCAUAGUUAUUUUGGGUUGCCUUCACACUAGCAACUAGACAGGAUGAUUAAUUGAGAAAGAGGAAGAAUUUAUUAUUUGGAAUAAUAAAUUAAUAUAAAUAAUUUACUAGUAUGUUAUGGAAAUAAUAUAUUAAUUAGAAAUCAUGUUAUUUAAUUAAUAUUUAAUCAGAAAUUAAUUUGGAAUUAAUUUUGGGAUUAAAUGAAUUAAUUAAAAGUGUAAGGGCUAUUUAAUAAUUUAUUGAUAGUUAUGAAAUUGGGCUCUUGGACCUCCCUAAUGAGGGUUGGACGAAAACUUCUAGGGAGGCCCUAGAAUUUUCGUCCAAGGCUUAUUGGAUGAGGGUUCAUGGGCUGUGUAGGCCUUAAGCUAAGGAAUUAGGGUUUCCUCCUUAAAACCCUAGCUUUGGCCCUAAGCUACCAACAACUAUAUAAAGGGGAUUAACCCCUCUUGAUUUCAUCCUUGCCAUUCAAACCCUAAGGAUAACCGAAAUUUUGAACUAUCUUCCUCCUCUCUCCUCUCAUCCUCUUGCUAAGUGUGUCUGUGAGCCAUUAGAGGUGUUACACUUGUGACACUUGCUCUAAAGUCCGAGAUCUUUAAGGAUUUCAUUGUUAUUACAAUAUAACAAUCAAGGAAUGUAUCCUAACCCUAGUUUAUUGUUAAUUUUGAAAAUUAUAGAUGUCUCCUAGGGUUUCUUGUUUUGUGUUCAAUACUUGCAUGUCCAAUAGUGAAAAUAUAGAUCCUGCAUGUAGGGUUGCAUGCACACAUAAGGAUUGUUUGUUAUGCUCAAAACCCAUCAAUUUUGAUGAAGUUUGAAGAUCAAGAAGGCUCCUUUGGUUUCAAGGAAAUUUGUUUCAAUUUUGGAUCCAUCAAAGGCACUAGAUUUAUGGACUAUUGUAAGUAUGAAGUUUCGAUCUUGCUAUUAAGUUCCUUAAAUCUUGUCAUUUGGGGUUUUUGACACUUUUGGUCCAUUUUAUAGGUAAUCUUUGAGUUGAGUGGACGCCAACAUCUUUUGAUCAGUUUAGAAUGCAUCUUGGACCUCAUGGACUAAGAAAGUUAUGAUCUUUUGCCUCCCCUUCUAGCCAUGCAAGUUAUCUUAGUCCUUUAGAUCAUUUUAGUGUAUUAAUGUUUAGAUAUUAAAAUUUGGUGAAUUUAUUAUGGAUAAAGUUGAAAACUUUAUCCAUCUAAACAUCAUGUUGAUCUAGAUCUGAUGGUUGGAGACUUGGACUUAAUGAUUAAGUUAAGAAAGAUGCAUUUUGGGUCCCUUUGAGACUUAAAGUCCACAUCUUGGUGGUUUGUACAUUCAUAAUAGAUAAAGUGAGAAACUUUAUCCGUUAAGACCUUGGAAAGGAUCGGAUAUGAGAUUUGGAGCUCUUGAAAUUGGAAGAAAAUGGAUUAAACUCGUUUGAGCUGUUCAGAUCAUUCCACACGGCAUGGCCUUAGGCUUCCAUGACGUGGCGACUGUGGAGCAAUGCCUAUUUUGGUGUUUAGUGUCCACGACGUGUCCAAGGAAGGCCACAACAUGGAGAGCUCUUGUUGGCAAUUUUGACAUUAGCUUUGACCGUUGACUUUUUGAUCGGUUUAACUUUUGGUUAAACUUGGGUAGAAUUGAAUAUUUGGCUAAGGAUUGGUCUCAACUUGGUUUAAGGAAGCUUGAGUUGGCUGUUCUGUUACGGAGUAUGGGCCGGAGGCACCAAGGCCGACCCAUUCAUUUGUGUUAUGUACUUGAUGUAGGAUUAUUAUAUGAUUAAUUAUUACUUGCAUAUUUUGAUAUAUUUGGAUGGUUAGGAUGAUGUGGGAAGUCAACAAACCCGAAUGGUUGGGUUGAGGUAUUGCUUCGUGCGGUGGACCAACAAACCUGGAUGGUUGGGUUGAAACUGUAUGUCAACAAACCCUGAUGGUUGGGUUGAGCCUGUAUGUCAACAAACUCGGAUGGUUAGGUUGAGAUUUUAUGUCAUCAAACCCGGGAUGGUUGGGUUGAGGCCAUGGGCCAACGAACCCUAUAUGGAUGCACUAUAAUUGUAUUUCUGAUAUAUCGAGUAUUUUGGGGGAAACUCACUAAGCUUUGGCUUAUAGUUUGAUUUCAUGGUUUUAGGUACCUUAGAUAAUCGGGGGAAGACAAAUACAUAAUUUUGCACAUCAACCUUGGAUAUUUUAUUGAUACAUGAUUUUGGGAUACUCUGAUUUACGAUUAUGGUUUUUUAGAAACAAUGUUUUGUAUGACUUAUGGAUUAUAAAAUGGUUUUGAAAAUAAAAAAUUUUACUUGACUUUUGGGGUGUUACACCGAAAAUUAAAAUUACUGUAACACCCUUGAUGUAUUUAUUUAUCAUUUUUCUUUCAUUUUUUUAAUUUAAUACUCAUUUUUUUAUUUUAGAAAUUAAAAAUGCAAAUCAGAAAAGAACCCAACUCGUUCUUGCUCAUAGUGCACCACCAUUACACAUGCUUCUCCGAUGAAUAUCGCACUAGCAUCGCUUCUGUAAUAACAUGUGUGUGUGUGUUUUUUUCCUAUUAGUUAAUUGGUUUCUUGUGACUAAAACCCCAAAUCUCCACAGUUCUUGAUUCUAAAGAAGAGGAGACGAAGAGGAAGAGUCAGGGUUUUGAAUCGAAGAAAAGAAAUGGGUAAGACGGUUUGGAGAUUAUCUUAGAAUCUGCAAUCUAUCUUAAACUAAAACCCUAAAUCAAAUAUGGUGGGUAGUGGUGGUUUUCUCUGCAUUUGUUACUUGUCGACAUCGAAGCAACUAUAGUGAAGGUUCCCAUAGGAUUGGGGUGGGUUUGUGACACCAUGGGUUGAGGAUUUUACGAGACCUAUCGUAUGCUUAAAGGUUGUGCACUUUAGAUGGAUGAUUGUGACAGAUAUAGAUCUUGAGAUUGUCACCAAAGCUCGUGACCAUGUUCUUAAAUUUCUUAAGCUCAAUUUCGCUGAAUAGUAAGAUGAGUCAAUCUUCAUGUUAAUGUCGUAGGAUACAUCUCUAAAAACCCUUUAUCAUAUAUGAUUUCAUGUGUGUGUGUUCAUCAUAUAUGUGGUUCAUGGAUGUGAGUGUGUGUGUGUGUGUGUUCUAAAUCUCUUGAGAGGCUUCAAAGGCUUAUUAGGGGGGGGGGGAGGUUGGUUGAGAUUAAUCAAUGAAGGUGAAGGUGGUGAAGGAGGAACCAAUUGUGUGGAGCUCUCAUGGAGGGUUUGGCAGCAAGGUUUUUAUGAUUCAAAACAUGAGUAUGAACACACAAGAAUAAACCCAAAAAAUCUCUCAAUAAGGGUACCUUGGAGAGAGAGAGUGAGAGAGAGAGAGAGAGAGAGGUAGACUCUCUAUUGUUUAUUAAUUAUUAAAAUAAAUAAAUAAGUACUAAAUUUAAAAAAAAUAAUAAAAAAUAGAAAAUAAGUACACAAGGGUAUUAUAGUUAAUUUAAUUUCCGGAGGGACCAGAAGCACAAACAAACAUGGUCUAAAGGACCACCAAUCCAAAAAAUUUGUGGUUUGGACUAAAACCUGAAAAAUACAUACCAUAUCAACCAUUUUUAUAGUUUUGUCUAAGACAAUAACAACAAAAAAAUCAACAAAAGACAAAAAAAAAGAUUUUAUUAGAUAAAAACAACCAAAAUACAAAUAAAUAAAUAAAUAAAGUAAUUUAUUUAUAUAUAUACUAAUUUAGAAAGACACGAUGAACAGGAUUUGUUUCCUAUUGGACCACUUUUAAAAUUUCUUUUUUGUUUUUUUCUUUUUCUUUUGGCAGUCAACCUUACUGUUCAAAGUGUACACGAGUCCUCUUCUUCUUUGCCACUCCAUGUUGAUCAGUUUACUCUCUACACGUAACCAUCCACCGCCUCAAAUGUCUCACCUUUCACCUUCCCAUAUUUCACAUUUACUUUUCGUCUUCUCUCAUAUGUAUCACCACCUACCACCGCCUGGCGUAUCACACCUCCAUUACAAUCGAUUCAGAUGCAUUAAUGGGAAUAUUGAUCGACGGAUCCAUUACAAUCGAUUCAGAUGCUUCUCCACCCCAUCCGCGUGUAGCCAUCGCCGUUGACUUCCGAUAAAAAUAUGACCUUUCUUACCCAUCACCGUCUCUCUCCCAGAUUAGUAGACUAACAUCACCGGUUUUGUUCUUCACAGUUGAGACCCAAAACGCUUCCACCACCACCGCCUUAUAUGCCGCUGCUCACCACCACCAUAUACGCGUAUACAAACAUGACUGCAGUCGAUCGUCUCCACCGAUUCACUCCGCUGCUUCUGCACAAUCUUCAACCUCCUCUGUUUGUAAACCGAUGAAGCUUCCAACUUGGAUUGGAGGUCGUCGUCCUAUCCUUAUGUCGACUAGGCCUCCUCCUUUUGACGCCAAUCUGUCCGGAGAUAUGAUCAGUAUAAAUGGGUGGCAAGCCACGGGCGGUAGUUCAAGAGAACUUUCGCCGGAGGAAGAGAUGCUGAUCAUACAUUCCACUUCAAUGGCAGCCGAACCUCUAACCAAUGUAGGCGAUACGUUUUGCUUAAUUAAUAGAAGGGAAAAGGAGGUUGUGAGGUGGGGUUGCUACUUUGGAAUUCAAGAGACGCAAUCUUUUCAUUGUUUGAGGAACUUUUGUGGGUAUACAAGUUGGUGUCGCCUCUUAAGCUUGGUAUGGCGGAAGCUACAAGAGUUUGUAAUGCACUUGCCUUGGUUCAGGGACAUAGCCGGACAGGAGACAUUUGGUGGUCUUCAUGAUGGUUAUUAGUAAGUAUCUAAUCUGCCAUUGUUUAUUUAUAUCAAAUGUCUAAAAUGUCCUUUAUUAACAAUGACAAUAAGCAUAUUUACUGACCUAUUUGAAUGAUGUUCAACAUUCAUGGUCAAUAUGGCGUCAUCAUGUUUGAUGUAACUGCAAGCAAAGACAGGUACGUGCUAGCAAAGAAGGGAAGUGGCAAGGGAUUUCAAAGAAGAAGAAAGAAGAGAAAGUUAGUACACAGAGUCUUCCCAAUUUCUAAUGAAUCAAGAUAACCAUUUGUUCCGGUAUAAAUAGUCAGUACCUGUUCUUCUACCCCGAGAGGGGCGGAUUGGGAUUGUUUAAGCAAUUCACGUAAGCGUUGACCUCUUGCCAAUUGAUUCUGAGUAGCUUUAUCGAGAUCAGAAGCAAAUUGUGCAAAAGCUUCUAAUUCUGCGAAAAUAAAGAGAUGCACAAACGCAGGAUCCGAUCCGAUCCGGUCAACAAUCCGAUCCAGUCAACAAUCCGACCCGGUAAAAUCCGAUCCGAAUCCGUCAAAAUCCGAUCCGAAUCUGGUCAACAAUCCGAAUCCGAUUUGAAACCGGUUUGAUCCGGAUUUUUUAAGUUUUACCAGAUUUUUCAACGGUUUAAGAACCGGUUUAUGUAGAAUCCGGGGGUAAAUCCGAUUUUGAGUCCGAAAAGUCAAACCGGUUUGAAUCCGGUCACCGGUUUAAUUCGAUCCGGUUUGGUCUAAACCAGUUUUGACCGAAACCGGUUUUCGGAUCGGAUCGGUUUCAUUUGGUGGAUCCGGUUUCUAUGUGCACCUCUUCAACUUGACUUACAAGAAUGUUCUCACAUGGCAUCAUGAUCUUUGCCAGUUAGUUUUGUGAUAUUUUUUUUUCAUGAAUCUUUAUUGUUUCUUGAUGUAUUUUUAUAUGGAUUUUUAUAGUGUUUGUGCGAACAUCCCAAUUGUGGUAUGUGGAGACAAAGUUGAUGUGAAGAAUCGUCAAGUGAAAGCAAAACAACUUAGUUUUCAUAGAAAGAAGAACUUGCAAUAUUAUGAAAUCUCAGCCAAGAUUAAUUACAACGCUGAGAAGCCUUUCCUUCAUCUUUCCAGGAAGUUGCUGGGUAAUGCAUCAAGGAAAGAGUAGAGUACAGCACCAAGAAAGGUGAAGAUCCUCUCUCCUCAGCCUAAAAAGGACGGCGGAGGUGGUGGCGAUAAGAAGCCCAAUGAAAAGCCACCGGAGAAAAAAACCUUGGAGAAAAAACCUGCCGAUGACAAAAAACCAAAAGAGAUGCUGCAAUUAAUUAAUGGAAAUGUUGGGUUAUGAGUUUAUUCCAUUAAUUUAAUGAUUUAUCCAAAAUUUAUAUUGUA